ACAGGUGGAUGCUGUCGGUACCGUUACAUCUGUCUGCCGUUAUAACCGGGUCGUGGUGGUUGAACACAGGACGUCACCGCUGAGAACAACAUGUCGGCCAGCGCAGUGUACGUGCUGGACCUGAAGGGGAAGGUGCUGAUCUGCAGGAACUACCGGGGAGAUGUUGACAUGUCAGAGAUCGAGCACUUCAUGCCCAUCCUGAUGGACAGGGAGGAGGAAGGAAACCUGUCUCCGAUCCUGGCCCAUGGAGGAGUCCGCUUCAUGUGGAUCAAACACAACAACCUGUACCUUGUAGCCACGACUAAGAAGAACGCCUGUGUCUCCCUGGUUUUCUCUUUUCUCUAUAAAAUCAUCCAGGUCUUCUCUGAGUACUUCAAAGAGCUGGAGGAGGAGAGCAUCAGGGACAACUUUGUCAUCAUCUAUGAGCUGCUGGAUGAGCUGAUGGACUUUGGUUACCCUCAGACCACAGACAGCAAGAUCCUGCAGGAAUACAUCACUCAGGAGGGCCACAAGCUGGACACCGGGGCCCCUCGUCCUCCCGCCACUGUCACCAAUGCUGUGUCCUGGAGGUCAGAGGGCAUCAAAUACAGGAAGAAUGAAGUCUUCCUAGACGUCAUAGAGUCAGUCAACCUGCUGGUCAGUGCCAAUGGAAACGUGCUGCGCAGUGAGAUCGUGGGCUCCAUCAAGAUGAGGGUGUUCCUGUCUGGGAUGCCGGAGCUGAGACUGGGCCUCAACGACAAAGUCUUGUUCGAGAACACCGGACGAGGAAAGAGUAAAUCAGUGGAGCUGGAGGAUGUGAAGUUCCAUCAGUGUGUCCGUCUGUCUCGCUUUGAAAAUGACCGCACCAUCUCCUUCAUUCCUCCUGACGGGGAGUUUGAGCUCAUGUCCUACCGCCUCAACACACACGUCAAACCACUGAUCUGGAUCGAGUCAGUCAUUGAGAAACACUCGCACAGUAGAAUCGAGUACAUGAUCAAGGCCAAGAGUCAGUUCAAGAGACGGUCCACAGCCAACAACGUGGAGAUUCACAUCCCAGUCCCCACCGACGCUGACUCACCUAAAUUUAAGACCACCGUGGGGAGCGUCAAGUGGAUCCCAGAGAACAGUGAGAUAGUCUGGUCCAUCAAAUCCUUCCCAGGUGGUAAAGAAUAUCUCAUGAGGGCCCACUUUGGCCUGCCCAGUGUGGAGGCAGAGGACAAAGAAGGCAAACCUCCCAUCAGUGUCAAGUUUGAGAUCCCCUACUUCACCACCUCUGGCAUCCAGGUACGCUACCUGAAGAUCAUCGAGAAGAGCGGCUACCAGGCCCUGCCCUGGGUCAGAUACAUCACUCAGAAUGGAGACUACCAGCUGAGGACACAGUAAUGAUGCUGGACAGACUGGACACCGUCAGAAACCAUAAAUGUUCACGGAUAAACAACUGCAUCAAUCGUCAGUUCCUCCAGGAAAUCUCUCAGUCUCAAGAAUCAACACAAAGAAAUUCAGUGAAUCCCUGUAGAAGAGCUUGGACGUAAAUUUGCUAAUUUGACAAAUUUUCAGCAAAACAACAGUCAAAUCCAAAGUAUGCAUCAAAGCUUUUAUCUUUCACCUUCUCUGUAUGAAUAAUCCAAUGCAGAGCUGCUGUUUCAAACCAAAGCACUGUUCUGAAUCAGGUCAAAUAAAGGUCAAAUAACAUCACCCCUCCACAUGAGCAAACCGACUUCCUUGGAAAUAAAGUACAUGAAUGCCUGGAGGACCUAGUUUCCCCAAACUGGUUUCUCAGGCAGAGCUGUGUUAACCCCUGAGGCUCCACCAGUGUAAAUCCCAGCUGUCAUCACCAACCCUUUUUCUACCCGACAAAAGAAAUUGAUUCCACAUAUAUGAACAUAUGUGGCAGAAAAAGCUAAUUUACCUCAUUUACUUCAGCUACUGUUGGAGCUUAUAGACAUGUAUUGUACAUGGUCUUUUUUUGUUUUUCUGCAAUAAAAGCGUGGUGCCAUAUCACCAUCUAAGACACUUUCCAUCUAAAGCUAGUGAGACAAAGAGUGAAAUAUAUCCUGACUUUAGUUUUGUUACAUCUCCUUCCAUCAGCAGUGAUUUCAUCUGCGCCACAGUCAGGAUCACUUAAAUCAAGGCUGAGGCAAGUUGGAAUGGUUUGAAAAUUCAGUCAAGACUGAUUCCAAAUGAGGUCUGCAUCAAGACUGAGACCCAUUCUUCAUCCUGUCGCUCAUUGUGUGAGUCAGCAGUCACAUAUCUUCUAGCAGUCAAUGCAGAGCAGUGGAGGUGAGAAUAAUGAAGUGACUGACAGCAGAGCAGCUUCUCCAGUCUGAGAAGAGCUAGCCAAAAGAACUGGGCAUGGUCGAGACAAAAGACUAACAGUCAAGACGGCCGGCUGAAGACGAGACAAGACCGUGACCGGACUCCAGCCCUACAGCUCUGGAUGCCUCUGUAGAGUAUGACUUGAUUUCUUUUUUCCACACUUUGCCACUCAGCAUUACAAUCCUCUUUAACCCAUGGAUAACCAAAACUUCAAACUCUUACCUAGAGUCAUUUAGCAGUAAAACUCAGUAAAGUCUGAGUGUUUCUCGAACGUUUUCACAUCAAUGACCUAAACUGACACAGACCACGGACCCUCAUCUGAUAAAAUGUUGCUUUUAGAUGUUUGAUUACAGAAAGUGUUUGAAACCCAUGAUCAAAAUAGUCAUAUUCUGUCAUUGUG